AUGCUGCGCCUCGUCGCCCAGUCGCCGGUGACGCCUCGGCCAAGCGCCCUUCUCCGGCCGCGACGCAGUCAGGUGCCCACGAACACCCUCGCCUGGCAGCAGCAGCGGUGGAUGCUUCUUCUUCUUGCACCCUCUGAUGACCCGACAGGAAAUGCCGGACACGGUUGUCCGACAGGAAAUGCCGGACACGAUCGUCCGACAGGAAAAUGCCGAGCACGCUUGCCCGACAGGAUAAAUUCCAAUCCCUGCUUGGCCACGAUGAGCGCCUUCACAAGGCACCUGCGCCUGGCUGCGAUACGUGCCCCAUGCGAGCACACGCCCCAAGCCGCAAUCCCGGUUUUCUUUCUUCCGGUAGUUCCAGGUCCAGUCAUUCUGCGCUGA